AUGACACGAGUCCCGAUAAGAUCCUCGUUGAAAAGUCGAGAUUCGAAUUCGACAUUGACCGAUCCGGAUCUGAGAGAGCGCAUAAAGGAUUGUUGCCGAAAAUUGGUCGCGUUUAUGUGCACUCAGGUUGGCGUUGGUGGACUCGUGGUUGGUUACGCUAUAAUAGGUGCUUUCGGUUUUAUGAUGAUCGAAUCUCAAGGUCAGAUUUCGCCGCCGUCCACAGUUUGCAUCCGCGAAUUAAUAAGAAAACAGUUCGCCGAAGAGUUAUGGCUUGGCACUGCCGGCAAUCAAACCAUAAACGUGUUCAAUAAAACGGCGUUUCACUCGGUGUCAAAUCGAAUUCUACGCCGGUAUCAAGACAAUUUCACCGGUGAUUAUAAGAAAGAGAAUUGUAGCGGGUUAACCUCGUCCGAUCUCUGGUCCUUUCCAGCUGCGAUGAUGUUUUGUCUUUCCGUAUUCACGAUGAUCGGUUAUGGAACACUGGUGCCUCAAACGACCUGGGGAAAGGUAGUCACCGUUAUUUACGCCGUAUUGGGAAUCCCACUUUACGUUUUAUAUUUUCUUAACAUGGGAAAAGUACUCGCGCAGACAUUUCGUUCGUUGUACACGUGGUUGUACGAAUGCACUGGUAAACGAAAACCUGGCCAAAGGAUCACGGUACCCUCGACAGCCUGCCUUUGGGUGAUAUUCGGAUAUGUGUUGAGCGGUUCAAUAAUGUUCGCCGAGUGGGAAGGAUGGAAUUAUUUGGACAGCGCUUAUUUCUGCGUGACAUCGCUAUGCAAAAUUGGGAUGGGCGACCUUGUACCUGGUUGGACACACGGUGAUUUAACAGCUGACAGUCAAACCAAAUUGAUAAUUAAUUUUGUUUAUUUAUUACUUGGUAUGGGACUUAUCGCUAUGUGUUAUGACUUAAUGAAAGAGGAUGUUUACGUGAAAGCUAAAGAAAUAAAAGAACAGUUUCUCGAGAUCAUCGAUGCCACUCAUUAUCAAAUCGAAAUGUGUUGCAAAUCGGAAGUAUUGAAUUAAAAUUUUUAUAUCGAUCUAUUGAUUUUAUAUCGAUUUAUUGAAAAUAUAAAUAAAAAAGAAAUAAGUUUUAUUUUUA